UAGUGGGCUGAUGCUGAUUCUGUUUGAGACGCCCUCCGGCUUUGCAAUUUUCACCUUUUGUGGGUUACUUAUUAGCCGACCAAAUGCUCUGGAGGAAGUAUGGCUUAACUUCACUGAUAGAUGGAAGGCAGAAAGUGCUGUUUUGCUGGAAGAGUUUCGAACUUUUAAGGACAAGUCCAAGGCCAUUAAUAAAAGUACUGGUGUCAGCAAAAGGCUUACUGAUAUGAUCAUGAACUGUCGCUUCCCUGAGCAGAAAAUUGCUGUUGGAAAGCUUGAAUAUAAAAGAAUUAUUGAAGAGAGAUUGGUGAGUAUAAGUUCCUGGUUUAUCUAUAUUUUUGAACAACUUUGAUCGCCAUCUUUGCUAUCACUUCUUC